AUGUCGUCGACGAGCUGGAACACGCGCAACCUGGGCCUGCGAAGCGGUGCCGACAUCGCGGCCGCAGCCAGCGCGGGCGUGCUUGUAGCGCCAGUCAUCACCAUGAUCGACCGCAGCAUUAUCGAAAACGCCUCUGGGCGUGCGACCCUCCGCGCCAGCCUGGCCAACAGCCUGCGCACGCUGCUGACCCGGCCCCAAGCCUUCAUCCUGACCCGGCCCUUCUUCCUGAUCUUCACCCUCUACACCGGGACGUACGUGACAGCCAACACGCUGGACACGGUCAGCAGCACGCUGCGCGACGCGCCCGCGAACUCGGUCACGUCGGGGCUGCCCAAGUUCGCAGCGACCAGCAGCGCGAACCUAGCCCUCUGCCUCUACAAAGACAGCCAGUUCACGCGCCUGUUCGCCGCGCCCGGCGCAACGCCGCGCGCCAUCCCGCUGCCCACAUACGCGCUCUUCACGCUGCGCGACUGCCUCACCGUCUUCGCCAGCUUCAACGUCCCGCCCAUCCUAGCGCCCAUCCUGGACGAGCGGCUGCGCCACGCCAGCGGCACCGUGGCCGCGAAGCUGCGCAAGCACGUCGACGCCGCCAGCGCCGCGCAGUUUGUCGCGCCGGCGGCGGUGCAAAUCGUCAGCACGCCCAUGCACCUGCUCGGCUUGGAUCUGUAUAACCGCCACGAUGCGGGCUGGCGCCAGCGCGCGCAGAAGGUCCGCCGCGAGUGGUUUGCUAGCUGUCUGGCGCGCAUGGGCCGCAUUGUCCCCGCGUUCGGCGUCGGUGGCGUCGUCAACAUGCGCGUGCGGAAAUCGCUGCUGGGCCGGCUCGAGGACAGGGAUCCUGUGGUGCUGAAGGUAUGA